GACGCUGGAAGACAUCGCAUCCAACAGGAAUUCAAGAUUGAGCAAUUUAAGCUAUUCAUGAAGGCGCAUGAGUUGCACUGCCCUGAAGGGCACCGAUACCCAUUGGGGGCGAGCUUAAGAUGCGUAAAAAAGCAAAUCACUACAGACAGUCGCGUUCUGAUUCAUGAUUAUUUAGAAUAGUGCCGUUCUGUUCCCUAUUCUCAGCGCACGCAUUCGUAGUGUGCUUAGCUACGAAAACACGAUACAUUUUUGGGGUGCACGGAAUUCCGUGUGGCAACGUCAAGAAUGAGAAGUGAGAUGCGUAAACUUGUGAGGUGUUAGGAAAAUCACGCUCGACUGCCUAGCAUCCGAUGAACGCGUGGGGAGAAUCGCUGAGCAAGGAAUGCGACUCCAAUGAAACAGGCAAAAGCGGACACGGAAUCCUGGACUCUGCUCUAUGCUGAUGUGACUAAGUCGUCUCACUUUUGGAUUUUUCUUCGACUUGCCAGCGAAAAAAGCAUUCGACCUUAUUUUGUCUUUCAGAGGACUCGCGCGUGAGCCACGACGCAUGGUCUGUCGUAUACCGUCCUCAAACUCGUCACCACCUGACAUAGCCGAGACCCAGUCAAAGCGCGUUUCCGAUAUUUGAUGCACGGGACCAGCCUACCUACCACUGCAACAAGUUCUCUCGUUGCUGGCUUCCUUUGCCAGUAUUUUUCUUCAUUCCGUUUUUUUCUGUGCCUCAUUUUACUGCUUCUGCGGUGAGGAAAACAAUCUAGCCGCAAACACGUGUUUUACUCCGAACAUCGACACUCAUCGUUGCACCAUUUACACUUCCAGCUAACAAUGAUUUGGGAUGCGGAGACGAUAUGGGUAAACUGUGACCUAAUUCUCAGGUCCCGUAAAACAUUAAACACUGGAAAGACACCGGAAACCUUAAGGAACAUAAUGAUGAUGGACCUGGAGGGGAAAGUGAGUGUUAUCAGAUGCCCCGUAUUUACACGGAACUUGUACUACGAUAACUUGCUGCAGUUCAAGCUCCAUACGGACGAUGACUGCGUUUCUAUUGCCGGGCGUAUGAGGAAAGAGGCCCAGCUCUCCGACACACAGAAGUCUGAAGAAAGGCACGAGAUUUCCUUCCUCCAUGAAUGUCUUGGAGUGUCUGGCUGCACCCAACAUGCCACCAAAUUCGGGCGAGAACCGGCGUUGAGCCCGGCGUGGGGCCGUCCCUCGGGCGGGCAUCACCGCGCUAUGUCCGCGUCGAUUUCGGCAGCAGAAUCGACGAGCGAGGAGACACAAAACCAUGAGGCUGGCAGUCGAUGCACCAGGAUUAGUUAA